UCUCGCACAAUCUUCCACAGGCUUCCGCCUCGGGGACACACAUCCAUUCAGUCACUAGACAUGUUCAAGAAAUAAGUUAGCGGAGGCAAGAUUACUACGAAAUACUGCAGUAGCUGGAGUAGAAUAUCAGUGAAAAACGGUGGUAGUGGUAUUACAUUAUACUUUUCUUCACUCCAAAUUGACUCCAUCCGACUGCAGUUUAUUGUUGUGCGCGGUGAAUCAUACCAAUGAAUGGAAAUGGACUUGGACGCCGUACCAUUGUUGCUAGAGUUAGGGCUAAAUGAUCAAGACAUUGUCUUCUUGGGAGACGUACGAGUGAGGCAAGAGGAUGAACUCGGUCGAGGGUCAGAUGCACUCGUGUAUCGGCUGAACUGGCAGGGAAUAGACAUCGCCCUGAAAGUUCUGCAUCCCGUUUUGAUUGAGCCUGAUGUUCUUGGCCGAGAAAGGACAAUAAAAUCAUUUGGCCAAGAGAUAUUCCGUCUCAGUCGCAUCCACCACCCAAAUCUUUGUCAAUUGCUAGGCAUUGCUCGAGUGGGGCGAAACGCUGCUCUCGCGUUGGAAUUGCUGACUUCGACGUUGGAAGAGUUGAGUAUUGGUGAGGAUCGUGAGGAUGGGUUGAAGUUGGUCGGCUACCUCUGUGAUACGUCGGCUGGCAUCAGAUACCUGCACGUCCGUGGUAUUCUCCACCGGGACCUCGCACCGAAAAAUGUUAUGAUCAAGAACGGAGUCGCGAAGGUGUGUGAUUUUGGUGUGGCGAAAUUCGUACGUUUGGCAUCCCCUCGUCAACAGCAGCAGGAGGCACAAGCAUCUAGAUUGGCCAUGACUCGCUGUCCAGGAACUCUCGCGUUUAUGCCGCCAGAGGCGCUGGUAGAGCAACCUGACUAUGACCGCCCCCUGGAUGUGUUUUCGCUUGGAGUUACGCUGCUAGCUGUUUUGACUGGAGUUAUGCCCGGGAUUGACCUCCUCAGCGCACCCGCGAUUAUCGUUCGCGAAGCCGGUGGACGGGAGACUAGGCAGGUGAUCGCAGAGACCAGACGACGUGCUGCUUACCUACAGCGACUGGCAGACGACCACCCAUUGAAGCCGCUCAUUCUUCGCUGCCACUCCAAUGAACCGAGCGAGCGACCGACCGCCGAGGACGUACACGAGGAGAUGAAGCGAGUGUUGCAGCUGUUCACCGGUCUUUCUUCGGCUUCCAAUUCCAGUGUACCCACGUCUGUUGUUCGCCGGCUGGACGUCAUCUCCGAGCAGCUCACUCUGCAAGCACGGACAAUCGCCGGACUGUCAACCAGGAGUGAUACACUAGAAGACCAGCUUACAGGGGUCAUCACACAAAACCAGACCACCACACAACGACAACUUACUGCGAUGCAACAGCAACUAACUACAACACAAGAGAAAGUGACUGAGACUCAGCAACAACUUACUUCAGCACAGCAAGAGGUAUCCAUUGUCCAUAAUGAGCAGGCGUCGACAAGCCUACAAAUUGAAGCUUUAGCCGAGCAGGUCAGAGAUACAAACCGACGCGUAGGGAACGUGACUGAACGUCUGACAACAACAAUGACUGAACAACACCUACAGAACUCCGAACAGGUCUCAGUGUUGAACGACCGUUUAUCUGCUACCCAAGACCAGCUAUCCUCGAUUGAUAGCCAUCUUACCAAGAUGUCGUCGUCAAGCCAACAGGUAUCUGCUACAAGCCCUAUGGCUGCAUCAGAAAGCCUGCCAAGUUCUGAGUCGGCCUCUUCCAUGGCCUCUACUGCAACAACUAGAGCUCAAGCUACUGCGGCUGAAAGUACACUUGCUUCAGACGCUAGAAGACCAUGCAAUGUCUUACCUGCCAUGCCAACACCAAGACAGAUAGCAAACAUCAAGAAAACCCGAAAGUGGAAGAAGUUGGUGGUACGGAGGCACGACAAACGCGUUAGACUGGCCGUUAACAGUGACAAGCUGGUUGCCGUGUGGUACAAUGGUGGACAAGUCUCCAAGAUCGAGCAGACAUCAGACAUGCAAACGUGGCAUCGCAUCGACCCACCUUCCAGAUAUGGUAAGAUUUCUGAACCAUCACUGGCGAGCCACGGUGGUAAGCUGUACAUGCACUGCAAGGUGCACAGCAGUGGAAGCGACGCUAGAUACGCCAUUCUGCUGUAUGGUGCAACAGAACACGGCCAUGCUAGUUGUCAGUGGAUGGAGCUGUUGGAGGUGCCCUACUGCAACCAUGGUUGGUGUGUCAUGCAUGUAUGUCAUGAUCUUAUUUCUUUACUUGGUGGCUGGUAUCGCGGAAACAGCCACAUUCUUGUUAGCACCUACUCUCUUCUUAACAAGCAAUGGAGCUCCUCUGAUCAAUUUUCUGUGUCUGAGCCAAUGCUUUUGCUACCCCAAUCAUGCUACGUUGCAUCGCUUGUGAAACUCACCAAUGCUAUGUUUAUCAUUGGCGGUGGUGAUGCUUGCUAUUUAAAGUUCCAUGAUGGUGGAUGGAUUGCCUGCAAUCCACCAUAUGGUGUUAAGCUGGCUGAGUCUGCUGCAUGCGCACUGUCUGAUCAUAGCAUGGUGAUCUGCCAGAAGGCUGGAUCUGGCACAGAUCGGUGUGUUGUACACGAUACCCUAUCCGGUCAGGUCUAUCCGCUGCCGGAUUCCCCUAUGAGCGUGUACACGCCAUCUCUCACACUGUUCAACGGUACUCUGGUUCUGAGUGAGGGUGAUGGCACUGCUACUCCUGCUCAUAUCUACACAUUAGAUGUGAGUGUAUGACUAGCUCACUGAGCCACGCAAGCCCCGUUACCAUGGUCACUGACAGGAAUAAUUUGCACUCAGCAUAAAAUCGGUGUGCUUAUUUCUUCAGAUGAAAAAGUGAUUACUUUUUUCCUCGUUUUAUGGAGAUAUACAUGUAUGCUUAGCUCACGAUCUGAGUAGUAGUAGUAGUAGUAGUAGUAGUAGUAGUAGUAGUAGUAGUAGUAGUAGUAGUAGUAGUAGUAGUAGAAUUUAUUAUUUUGAUGAGUUCGUGUACAUGUAUGCUUGGCUCACCAUCUGAGUUCGUGUAUGUGCGAUUUCUGAUGUAUUCAAGUUUUCUCGCGAUUUUUUUACAUCCCCGGCGGCCAUUCGUCCCAUGCCUUUACGUACAUUUCAUACAGUAAUUAUUGAAUGCGUUUCUGUGAUGUUCUGCCCGUGCACUAGUUCCUGUACAGUAUUGGUUGAUCGGAACUGCACUGUCGCAUUGAUAUAUCCAUUAUGAAGUAUUAUCUACCUACUGCUGGUUUACGAUUU